CAAAAGUGGCAGGCGCGUGCUUGAAUCAGCAGCAAAGCACAGCAGAUACCGUAGCGCUGCGUCUCGUGUGCAUAUUCUCGUUGUCGACGAGCGCGCCGAGGCUUCAGCUCAAGCGCUCACUUCACAGAGCACACUGCUGCAGGAAGAAAACCAGCAGCGAUACUCAACCGCUCCGCACAAGCGCGCGUACACCAUCACAUAAACCAGCAACCAAUUAAAGAUGGCCGCCGCCGCGAAAGCGGCACCCAAGCUCGUCGUGAGGACCUUCAACAAGAUCAACGCCGCCGGUUUAUCGCGCUUCGACCCGUCGAUGUUUCAAAUCAAGGAAGAUAACAAUGACGGCGCCCACGCCAUACUGUUGAGGUCUGUGUGGAAAUCAAAUCUCGGAUGCCCUACGCCGUCGACGCGACGUCGUUCCAAUGACUGCGUCUGCUCGAUGGCGUCGAGCUUCUACGCCAUCGACGCGACGUUGUCCCCGUGACCGCGUCGGCUCCAUGGCGUGGAGCUUCACGAAAACCUCACUCACUGGUUGAUUUCCACACAGGUUGAGGUCCCACAAGCUCCAAGCCGGUGACGUACCGCUCAUGUGUCGAAGCAUAGCGAGGUGCGGCGCGGGCACGAACAACUGCAACGUGCCGCUGAUGACGGACUUAGGUGUCCCGGUGUUCAACACGCCGGGCGCGAACGCCAACGCCGUGAAAGAGUUGGCGCUGUGUGGCCUAUUCUUAGCGUCGCGAGGCGUCAUGGAGGGCGCGACGCGCAUGGAGGAACUUCAUCAAUCAGGAGAAGCGCAUGCGCAGAUCGAGAAGGUGAAGGCCCAGUUCGGAGGUAGAGAGUUGGCAGGGAAGACGCUGGGUGUGGUCGGUCUCGGCGCCAUCGGUGCGGCCGUGCUGAAGGCUGCUCUCGAUCUGCGGAUGGAGGUCGUAGGGUUCGACCCCGCUCUCAGUGUCGAUGCGGCUCUCAAAUUACCGGGCCACCGCAUCCGCAUCGUGGACUCGCUCGAAGAUUUAGCAAAGGCGUCGGACUAUAUCUCGCUACACGCUCCUUCCAACGAGCACACGAACGGGAUGAUCUCGACCCAAAUCCUGUCGCAGAUGAGAACUGAUGCCUGCAUCCUGAACUUCGCUAGGGGUGAGCUCGUCGAUGAAGCGGCAUUGGCGCACCACUUCGACAACGGCGGGUCGGGCAGAUAUGUAUGCGACUUCGCGGUCGGGCCCGAGUUGUCCCCGAGGUCGAACGUUAUCGUCUUACCACAUCUAGGAGCCUCUACGGAUGAAGCCGAGGAGAACGCGGCGGCCAUGGCUGCUGAUACUACAGCAUUGUACCUCCAGACCGGUACCAUCAGGGAUAGCGUCAACUUUCCCACUACUACACUACCUGCAAGACUAGAUACCGUACAAAGGGUCUGCGUCGUCAACGAGAACCGCCCGGGCAUGCUCGGCGAGAUCCUCAGCGUCUUCGGCAACGCGGGCAUCAACAUCGUCCAACAGAUCAACACCUCGAAGGGCGACGUCGGCUACAACGUGAUAGAUAUUGAGAGAUUAUCAACUUUUGACGACGUGCACUUCAAGAGCUGGGACGCGCUGCAGUUCCUGCUGACGUCGCUGGACGGCGUGAAAAGCACAAGAUACAUCUACGGCACGCCCGCUUCGGCGAAGCACGCGGGGUACGCCGUCAACUUCAAGGGCCAGGUCUACGGGAUUGGGUCCGUGGGCGGCGGGCCGACGCUGCCGUCGUUCGGCGAGCUGCUGGACGAAGCCUGAACAUCCUAGUUUAUAUAUGCACAUUAAGUCGAAAAUAGUCGAA